CUCGCCGUUCUCCUCUCCUUCCUCCGAGGCGCUACCGCACAGGUUCAGCGCCAUUAGAGGCCACGCCUCCCUCCAUUCCUUCAAUACAAACAGGAGGAGGUAGCAACAGAGAGGGAGGAGCGAGCAGUCUAGCACCUGUUGAUUGGAAAGAUUACGUCAAUUUGAAGUGGCGGGAGCCGUGAAAACAUUGAAUUGCGUUUUCGGUUGGGUUUUUUCGAAUUCAGCUGUCCUGCUCCUCUAACUUUUUUGAUGGAUUGCUUGGUUGGAGUGCAUUUGGCUGCAAGCUGGGUGCCCAAGGAUCAUGCUGUGAUGCAAAGCAAGCAAUGAACCGAGUGGUCAGGCCAUCCAACUUGCAUUAACGGUUCAGGUAGCAGAUUCAGAGUUCUCAACUGACUGACAAGGCAACAGAUACAGCAGCUGGCCAAGAUGACCGCCGGUUUCCAGCUCGGUGUGAUUGGGUCUCUCACGCUCUCCGUCGCAUCGUCGGUCGCCAUUGUCAUCUGCAACAAAGCCCUCAUCAGCACCCUAGGGUUUCCAUUUGCUACAACAUUGACAAGCUGGCACCUGAUGGUGACCUUCUGCACCCUUCACGUUGCGCAGCGCUUGCGCUUUUUUGAGCCCAAGGCAAUUGAUGGACAGACGGUAGUUUUGUUCGGGUUGCUGAAUGGAACCUCAAUUGGCCUUCUCAAUCUUAGUUUAGGAUUCAACUCCAUCGGGUUCUACCAGAUGACAAAGCUGGCCAUCAUACCUUUCACAGUGCUGUUGGAGACUAUAUUCCUGAAGAAAAGAUUCAGUGAGACUAUCAAGUUCUCUCUACUGGUCUUGCUACUUGGAGUUGGAAUUGCUUCAGUCACCGACCUGAACCUAAAUUUUCUUGGGUCUAUCCUUUCUGGACUCGCCAUCGCCACGACUUGUGUUGGACAGAUUCUCACAAACACAAUACAGAGGAAGCUGAAGGUCUCCUCCACGCAGCUCCUGUACCAAUCCGCGCCUUACCAAGCAGCCAUCCUGUUCGCCACCGGCCCCUUCGUGGAUCAGCUCCUCACCGACCGCAGCGUCUUCGCCCACAAGUACACUUUCCCAGUUGUGGGUUUCAUCGUGCUGUCGUGCCUGAUCGCGGUGUCGGUGAACUUCAGCACGUUCCUGGUGAUCGGGACGACGUCGCCGGUGACGUACCAGGUGCUGGGCCACCUCAAGACGUGCCUGGUGCUGUCGUUCGGUUACACGCUGCUGCACGACCCCUUCACCGUGCGCAACAUCCUGGGCAUCCUCGUCGCCAUCUUUGGCAUGGCGCUCUACUCCUACUUCUCGGUGCGCGAGGGCAAGAAGAAGUCCGCGGGCGACGCCCUCCCGGUGUCACAGAUGCCGGACAAGGAGACGGAGCCGCUGCUGGUGUCGGCCAAGGACGGCAGCGACGCCAAGAAGGCCAACGGCGUAGCUCACGACUGCUAGAUGUUUCUUUCUCUCGUUUGUAGCUUAGCCCAGCACCAGCUCUAUCUAGUUUUACUAUGCGCUGUUCUGAAUCUGAGGUCGGGGAAGCAAAAUCCCUUUCGUUUCGUAUUACAGAAGUGGGACGCGUUGUACAAUUUGAUGCAGCAGUUCUCAGAUCGAUGAUUUCCCUCUCUUUAAA